AUGCCCAUCGGCCAGCAGGAAUCCGGAGUGACGUCCGGCGUAAAGUUCGUCACAUCGACGGUUGGCAACACGGUCGGCGGCGUUACAAACACUCUUGGUGGUGUUGUUGGGGCCUUGGGGCGAGGUGUUGGCGAGACGCUCGAGGGAGCCACUGGGAGCGCAGGAAGGCCUGUAGCCAGGGGCAUUGCGGACGCGACGACGAGUAUUGAAGACGGGGCUGCGAAGAUCGCGGGCGGCGUCAAGAGGGCGGGCGAGGGCAAGUGA